AUGGAGGCCCAAAUAGAAAAAGAAGAACAUCAUGAAGCUAUUGGAAGUAAUAAUAGCUCCCAACUUGUAACACCAAAAUUUUCCCCUGUUUCUAUGAGUAACGUGAAUAGUACAGAAACUUUAGAGAACUUGCAUUCUUGUAGAGCUCAAGUUUGUGAUAGAUGCAGGAAAUUGAAAAAGAAGUGCUAUGGUACAGGACCAUCAUGUACAAAUUGUCUGGUGACAAACAAUCCUUGUUCGGUUACAACUACUUUGAAACGGAAAAGAAAGCCAAAGCCAACUAAAUUAAGCCCAAUUGAAGUUGAAAAUAUAAAGCUCCGGCUGAAACUCCAGGAAAUGGAAAAUUUAUUGAAGGAAAAUAGUAGCCAUCAUGCAGAAGCCAUGCACGAUUCCAGACAUUCAUUGGUCAAGAUUGAAGACCUUAACUCUUGCAGUCUGUCAUCUUCGCAAUUAAAUUCCUCGAACAACUCUGUACUUCAUUCACCCGUCUCAAAUGACGACAAUGGAACAAUCAACAGUUACCACUCAAAAGACAGUAGAUCUCAUUCUCAAAGUGAACUUGAUAACGAUUAUGACACAAAAUAUAACAUAGACUGCUCGGCCUCGCUUCAAAAUAAUGGAAAGAUCAGAAAGAGAAAAAUUCAAAAUGUUAUAUCCUCCAAUUUCAAGUAUCUAAUCAAGACCAGAUCUCUGAAAGUUGACUUGAGUAUGAUGUCUUCAAUGACAAAAGUAUUACUACCAAAUGAAGACAACUAUAAUGGACCGGCCAUUAUUGAAGAAUACUCAAUUGUCGACAACUUUUUACAGCAAGACUUCAUCAAAAUUCUAAAGGAACAAAAAUCAAACAUCAGUCACUAUCUAAAGAGAUUUUUCACGGAAAUCAAUGUACUCUUCCCAAUUAUUCUCGAAAAAGACUACAUGCUCAUGAAAGCAGAAGAAUUGAUGCAAUCUGUAGGAGUUCGAAAUUUUAACACCAACGUUAUAAAUGAUGAACACAAUCUUUGUAUUGUUUACAAGGUGAUUCUAAUAUCAAUGUUUUACAUUAAGGAUUCAAGUGUAAGAAAUGGUUAUCUAAAAACAGUAAAACACUUGUUGUCAAGAUUUGAAUGUUUGGAUCCAAUUAACACAUUGAAAUGCUACUUGUUGACGCACUUAUAUGCUCAAAUGAGUAACAAUAAACCACUUUUAGUUAGAACUAAUGGCAUGAUCUCUUCUCUUGCCAUCAAUUUAAGAAUUAACAAAUUCAAGGAAUGCAACGAAUUGAAAAGAGAACUAUGGUACAUUUGCUACUGUUUUGAUUUUUUCUGUAAUGACCCAAAUAAUUUGGAUUAUUCUCUCAACAGAUACUUCAACGACAUGGAAUUGGUAGACGAAGUUAGUAGUCAAAUAUCUGACGAGAACACAGUUGACUCGUGUGAGGCAAUGAGAAUGAUUCACGACCAUUCUAUUCUUAGGGAAAUGGGGAACUCUAAAUUCUUACUCCAAGUGAUAGAUGUGAAACGUGCAAUAUACAGUAACGAAAUUACUGUUUAUGCUGGCAUCAAACAGUUAUUAAAUCUUUCGGAGCUAAGAAAAUUAUCACAUUUGGAUGAUCUACAAAAUGAGUUGAAAGAGUCCGUCAUGGCAUUUAAAAAAGAAAACUACCAAUAUGAUUUUCAUAUAUGCUUUCCAGUACUAUAUUACAUGGAUGCAUUAAUAUGCUUGGAAAAUUCCUAUAUUAAAAGUUUGAUGUCUAAAGUGGAAAAUAAAGUUAGCAGCAGGAAUGCAACAAUUAGCAGACAUUUGAAAUCACUUUUCAAUUACAUUGAUACCUUUUUGAGGUUAUGGACCACAAACAUAGAAACUUAUGACCACAUUCCUUUGAUUAGUGUGAACAAACUACUUCAUUACGGUACCUUUAUUCACUGGUAUGUUACCGAAGAUGACUCUGAAAAUCAGAGGACCAAGAAGAAAUCUAAAGUAAAUCCAGAAGUUGAAGAAAAAGUCAUCAAUAUGCUAAAGAUGAUUGAAGACUUAUUACUUAGACAUACGUUUGUCGAUGAAAAUUUAAAAAAUACUAAAGAUGUCAUAACCAACUUAAUUCAGCAAUUAGAGGAGAGUAAAUCUUCUGACAAUGAAGAAGAAAAGGAGAUGUAUUCUAAAGAUUUCAAGCCUUUCAGAAAGAUAACAAUAGGUGACAUCAGUGACGAUAUCACUGUUAGUUUGCCAUUAGAUAAUAAGAUAGAUACACUGAACCAAACGGUAGAACCUUGUGAGCUACUCAAUGAUGUUAGUGAUGAUAAAAGUUAUGAACAAAUUCCGCUAUCAUCAUACACAAAAUUGACCAGCAAUCAAGAUGUAGAAGAACAACUGAACAACUAUGUCUCCGGAUUUACAUUCGAGAGCAGUAAAGAUAACAUUAAUUCAGUGGGUUUAGUGUUACGGUCACAGGAAAGUGAAACAUCAAAUCGCAUUUUGAGACAUAACGAAAAUUCGGAAUUCUUCAACAUGACGGAUACUGUUGACUUGAAGAGAAUCCAUCUAAGUACCAACGAUUUCUUUUAG